UGUCCGACGAUAAUUCUUAUUCCGACAAUACAAUUGCCAUGCAGUUGCCUGAUAUUUCAAAUAAACUUUCGCAACAAAGUGACGAAGUAUCUGCUUUGCGUGAGGAAUUUAGGGGAAACAGUGUUUCUGUUGGAAAAGAAGUUAAGAAAUUGAAAACGGACAUAGACGUGCAGUGGAAGAGGCAAGGUAACAAAGUUCAAUACACAUUCAACGCGGAUAUUAUUGACAACUUUAUGAGUCAAGCUUGUUGGGCUUUGGCAAACGACAAAGUAUCCUACUGCAAAGAUGUUCUCUCUGAAGGAAUAGAUAAACUGAAACACAGGCAAAAGUUAACUCGUAUUGCUGAUAGCUCCGAGGGUGGAUGGGACACCGUGAAUUGUUACGAAUCUAAUCCACUAGCCAGUGACUCUGACGAUGAAACUAAGUUACGUAAGGCCGAAACGCAAGCUCUCAAGAAGCGAAAAAACAAGAGCGUCAAGCAUCUUCAUUCAGCGCGCAAGACGCCUUCUGCAACCGUUACUUCCGGCGCUUUGUAUGGGUAUCCUGCUUACCGUGGUUUUCAACCAGACGCAUACAGGCAGCAGGCUCCAAGAGGCAGGGGGUCUUUUCGUGGCUUCUACGGCAACGUCCCAGACCCAGUCUCCCGUUCGGUUCCUGUUACUCCUGUGGGGAAUACGACCACUUCCGGCGACAAUGUCCGUACACCACCGGUGCCGCCGUCUUCAAGGCCGACGCCUCAGCCGCCAAGAAAUGACGUGGCACAGGGCACCAGCACCGUGGAAGAUUGAAAGAUCUAUUUUUCCAGAUUCACAAACACGAGAUAGACGAGCUGCCGGAGGUCUUGGCGGACAAGGUGGCCCUUCUCCCUCAGAUACUGCAAAAGUCAAGAGCCGAAAGCACGUGCAAGAACUAUAAAC